ACUCAACCUCUUCAUUCUCUCUCUUUGCUCUGUGGUAAACAAAACUAAAUCAAGCUGUCAUGGUGCACAGGAUAAAGGAAAAAAAGAAGAAGAAUAAAUGAACAAGAAAAGCAAGAGAUUUUGAUUCAUUCUGUUCCUAUAAAUGAAGUUGUGUUCAGCAAGAGAUUUUGAUUCAUUCUGUUCAGAAGCUUCAAUGUCAAAUACAAUGAGAAGAAUGAGAAAGAACAUGUUUUUAUUGUUGGUAUUUUAUUUUUUGUACUUGUGGGAAUCACAAGUAGCAGAAGGAGCCAAUGUGUCUUAUGACAGAAGAGCUAUUCUCAUCAAUGGCAAAAGGAGAAUACUUAUCUCUGGUUCCAUUCAUUACCCAAGAAGCACUCCUCAGAUGUGGCCUGACCUUAUACAGAAGGCCAAAAAUGGAGGGUUGGAUGUUAUACAAACCUAUGUCUUUUGGAAUGGACAUGAGCCUUCUCCAGGACAAUAUUAUUUUGAGGGAAGGUAUGAUCUAGUUCAGUUCAUAAAGUUAGUAGCAAAGGCAGGUCUUUAUGUUCAUCUUCGCAUUGGACCGUACGUAUGUGCCGAAUGGAAUUUCGGGGGUUUUCCAAUUUGGCUAAAGUAUGUUCCAGAUAUGGUCUUUAGAACAGACAAUGAGCCAUUUAAGGCGGCAAUGAAGAAGUUCACAGAAAAAGUUGUCCAUUUGAUGAAGGAAGAAAACCUCUUCCAUCCUCAAGGAGGUCCCAUAAUUUUGACUCAGAUAGAGAAUGAAUAUGAAUUGGUAGAAUUUGAAGUUGGUGAUGCUGGCAAAGCUUAUGCAAAUUGGUCAGCUCAGAUGGCUGUGAAUCUUGGAACCGAUGUUCCAUGGGUUAUGUGCAAGCAAGGGGAUGCCCCACAUCCAAUAAUAAAUACCUGCAAUGGAUUCUAUUGUGAGAACUUUUCACCUAACCAGAACUAUAAACCCAAAAUGUGGACAGAAGCUUGGACUGGCUGGCUUUUGAAUUUUGGUGGUCCAGCCCCUUAUAGACCAGUAGAAGACUUAGCAUUUGCAGUGACAAGAUUCAUACAGAAUAAUGGAGCAUACAUAAAUUAUUACAUGUUUCAUGGAGGAACCAAUUUUGGAAGGACAGCUGGUGGACCAUUCAUUGCCACUAGCUAUGACUAUGAUGCUUUAAUUGAUGAAUAUGGACUAGCAAGGGAACCUAAGUAUAGCCAUUUGAGAGCUUUGCAUAAGGCCAUAAGGCUCUGUGAACCAGCGUUGGUGUCUGCAAAUCCCAUCAGAAUGCCACUUGGCAAAAACCAAGAGGCUCAUGUUUUCGAUACUCAAUCCGGGACUUGUGCUGCAUUCCUGGCAAACUACGACCCCAACUAUUUUGUGAAUGUGACAUUCAGGAAUAGGAAAUAUGGCCUUCUUCCUUGGUCCAUCACCAUUCUUCCUGACUGCCAAGAACCUAGUUUCAACACUGCAAGGGUUGGUGCCCCAAGUAUUAAUGUAAAGAUGGAGCCUGCAAAGAAAUUUUCUUGGCAUUCAUACACUGAGAAAGUUCCCUCUACACAUGACAAAAGUUCAUUUGAAUCAACUGGGUUACUGGAGCAACUAAAUGUGACUAGAGAUGCCUCGGACUAUUUGUGGUACACAACCGAGGUCGACAUAAGAGCAGAUGAUGCCUUCAUAAGAAAUGGAAAUCUUCCUGUACUCCAUGUUUCAUCAGCUGGCCAUGCUUUGCAAGUUUUCAUUAAUGGUCAAUUAUCUGGUACUGCUUAUGGAGGUUCUGAAAAUCCAAAGCUGACUUUCAGUGGCCAGGUGAAACUCAUAGCUGGUAUUAACAAAAUCUCCUUGCUGAGCAUUACUGUUGGUCUCCCGAAUGUGGGCCUGCAUUUUGAGACAUGGGAUGCUGGUAUUCUUGGGCCAGUGAAGUUGGAGGGACUAAAUGGGAGUUUAUGGAAUGAUCUGUCACAGUGGAAAUGGUCUUAUAAGAUUGGUGUAGAAGGGGAAACUUUAAGGCUCUACUCAUUCAAAGGAAGCUCCUCUGUCAAAUGGGCUCAAGGAUCAUUUGUGCCUAAAAAGAAAGCCUUAACAUGGUACAAGACAACAUUUGAUUCAGCAGAAGGCAAAGAUCCAUUAGCAUUAGACAUGAGUAGCAUGGGAAAAGGUCAAAUAUGGAUAAAUGGCCAAAGUAUUGGACGCUAUUGGCCUUCAUAUAAGGCAUCUGGUAGCUGUAACAAAUGUAGAUACACUGGAACCUACCAUGAAAAAAAAUGUUUGCGUGGUUGUGGAGAGGCCUCUCAAAAAUGGUACCAUGUUCCUUGCUCUUGGCUGCACCCUAAGGGUAACCUAUUGGUUGUGUUUGAAGAACAAGGUGGUGAUCCAAGUGGGAUUUCUUUGUUGAGAAGGACAAUUCAAAAGAAUUCAUAAUUCUUCCAAAAAAUAUAUAUAUAAAAAAAAACAUGUGAAGAGUAGCACACAUAUUUUGACCAGAGAGACAACAUUGAUGCUGGCUAAAGUUUUUUUUUUAAAGUUGAUAUGGACACUAGGAUAGGAGUGAAAUGUUUCUUCGUUGCUAUGUAAUUGUAAUAAUAAAUGAGAACAAAUUGAUUAAAAGGUAAAUUAGAAAAUGUCCGCCAUUAUAAUCAAUUUACGGACACAAUCAUUCUCCAAUUAAAUCAUAUGAAUGUUGCUUUUGCAUUCUCUUCUCUGUAUUGAAUUUUUUACUUCGUUGGUAAGUCACCAAAUCUGUGCAAGAAAGAAAU